AUCAGUUGGUCGACGUUCAGAACGAGUUGAGAUCGUGUCGCGUGCGGUUGUCUAUACGUUGUGAACUGUUGGAACGGAGCCGUUAAGAUCGUCGAGUUUUGAAUAGCCGCACGAAAAAAGAAAGAAAUAAAUAAAAACAAAUAUUGUGAAAAGACCGCAUACAACAACAAAAAAAUAAAUUUUAUUUACUCACCUUAUUCCCCACACACAAAAACUCACGCACACACAUAAAUCAUGGUCAAUCUUUGGAAAGCCAUAACCCGGCGGAAAACCGAUGAUGUACACGAAGAAGAAUCUAAAUUGGCUCGAGUCUUGGGUUUGGUUGAUUUAACCGCCCUGGGCGUGGGUAGUACCCUGGGUUUGGGUGUAUAUGUACUGGCCGGUUCAGUGGCAUAUAACAUUGCCGGGCCUGCCGUAACCCUAUCCUUUUUGAUUGCCGCUGUUGCCUCAGCUUUUGCUGGUAUUUGUUAUGCCGAGUUUGCUGCCCGUGUGCCCAAGGCGGGCAGUGCCUAUGUCUACAGUUAUGUGACCAUUGGCGAAUUUGUGGCCUUUACAAUUGGUUGGAAUUUAAUAUUGGAAUAUGUCAUUGGUACUGCCUCGGUGGCCAGAGGCCUUAGUGGUUAUUUUGAUUCGUUGAUUGACAAAAACAUGUCAACAACCCUGACAGAGGCCCUGCCCAUAAAUGUUAGCUUCUUGGGUGACUAUCCCGAUUUCUUGGGCUUUGGCAUGGUCCUGAUAUUGACCUGUAUUUUGGCCUUUGGUGUCAAGGAGUCGACUUUUCUGAAUAAUAUUUUCACCAGUGUCAAUAUUAUUACAAUUCUGAUUGUUUUGGUUGCCGGUGGCUGGAAUGCCGAUCCCAAAAACUGGUCCAUUCCUGAAUCCGAUGUACCCGAGGGUUUUGGUAAAGGUGGUUUUAUGCCUUACGGUGUGGCCGGUGUCAUGGCUGGGGCGGCAAAAUGUUUCUUUGGUUUUGUGGGCUUCGAUUGCAUUGCCACCACCGGAGAAGAGGCCAUCAAUCCCAAACGCAACAUCCCCUUGGCCAUUGUCAUUUCAUUGAUCAUCAUUUUCUUGGCGUAUUUUGGUGUGUCCACUGUCUUGACCAUGAUGUUGCCAUAUUAUAUGCAGAAUGAAAAUGCCCCCUUCCCUGAUGCCUUUGAGGCCAUUGGUUGGACAGCUGUUAAAUGGAUUGUUACAAUUGGUGCCAUAUUUGCUUUGUGCACCAGCUUGUUGGGCGCCAUGUUCCCCCUGCCCCGCGUCCUCUAUGCCAUGGGUAACGAUGGUAUUAUUUUCAAGCGGCUGUCGAAGGUCAACAAUUAUACAAAGACACCAUUGUUGGCCACCAUUAUAUCCGGUAUUUUGGCAUCUGUGAUGGCCCUGCUCUUCAAUUUGGAUCAGCUGAUUGAUAUGAUGUCCAUUGGCACCCUGUUGGCCUACAGUAUUGUGGCUGUUUGUGUACUGGUCUUGCGUUAUCAAGAUGAAGAUAUGAGCGGUCGUGAAGUCACAAUACGCCUACCCACUGUCAUUAAGCAAUUCUUCAAUGGCAACUCAUACCGGGAACCAAACGAUUUAAGUUCGGCCAUAACAAAAGUUGGUGUUGUCCUCUUCGGCGUGGUGUGCAUUCUCUGGUGCAGUUUGGAUAAAGUUUUUGAAUUCGGUUCCACCGAUUCGAUUAUUGCUUUGAGUGUAUUGGGUGUGGUGCUGCUUUUCAUUUUGGUAAUCAUUGGCUGUCAACCGGUGUCGUCCAUCGAGUUGACCUUCAAAGUGCCGCUGGUGCCGUUCAUACCCUGCCUCAGUGUAUUUGCCAAUCUAUAUUUGAUGUUCCAAUUGGAUUUGGGUACCUGGAUAAGAUUUUUAAUUUGGGUAUUUAUCGGUUAUGUUAUAUACUUUGUGUACGGCAUUCGUAAUUCGACACAAAUUUCGCGCAAUAAAAAUCAUGCUGCAGCUGCUUUGGAUAUGCAACGUACCAAUGAGGCCUUCGAACCCGAUUGGAAAGUGGAAAAUGGUAAGGGAAUAAAGAUGUAAAGGUGCGUGGGAGAUGUGAUGAAAGAAGUACAUUUAAAGUAUUUUGGCAAGAGAAUGAGAAUGUAACUCUAACGAAAGACUAAUAACCAAGUAUUUAGGGGAAAGAACAAAGAUGUAAGGGACUUUUAAAAUUAAGAUCUGGUGUGAACAUAAAUAUCAAAAAUCAAGGCUUAGUGGGAACAUGUUAUUAGAUAUAUUGGAAGUUAAAGA